AUGCCCGCCUCGCCCGUGGCCGUCGGGGCAAGCGCCGCCCCGCCCAUGCCCGUCUCGCCCGUGGCCGACGCGGCCGGCGGCGCCCCGCUCGUGCCCGCCCGCCCCGCCCCCGCCUCGUGCCCGCCCUUGGCCGACACGGCCUGCCCCGCCCGUGCCCGUGCCCAUCCUCGGCGGCGUCCCGGCGGGCGAGCCCCCGCGCGGCGCGGCCGGAGAGGCGAGGCGAGCCUCCGCCCCCGCCCUGUGCGCGCACGGCCAGCUUCGGCUCCGACCGUGGCCGACGCGGCCGGCGCCGUCCGCGCCCGUGCCCGUCGCGGCGAGCUCCGUCCCCGCCCAUGCCCGUCCGUGCUCGCGCCCGUCGCGGCGAGCUCCGCCCACGACGGCGUGGCAAGCGGCCGGCGUCCGUUCCCGCGCCCGUGCUCCGUUUCGGCCGCGGCGACCUCCGGCAUGGACGAAAAAAGGGGUCGUCUUUAG